AUGCCACCUAUCAAGCUGGCCCCUUUAUUUGCAGCAUGUCUCUCUGCGUCCGUCGUCCUGUUGCUGCUAUACCUAUCCUUGACGAAACCCCACUUUGCUUACGCCCUGGAGUCUGAAUCCUCUCGGAUACCCUCCGAAGACCACAAUUUUUACAUUAUAUCGGACGAGCAGCCAUAUGAAGAGACUGAUGAGCAUAGAAUAAGUGUCCGCGCUGAAGUCGGGGUGUCUGCGCUGGCUAAUAACGACCCGGCGAACAGUAACAUCGAGAUUGGUCAGACCCAAAACUGGGUGUUUCCAAAGGAUGCAAUAGAUGGUCCACACGGAACGCCUGGAGUCGGUCUGCCAGGCGAAAAGCUGGAGGAAACAGAGCUACAGCCGGAACAACACGAACUCAGAAGAAGGCAGACAGGGAGCAAAAUCUACAUUACACUCAACACUUGUUUGCAACCUUCGCCAAAUACGACCAAUACGGUGCCUCCGCAGUUGCAGAUGUACAUUUCCUUGUCCGAAUCAAACCAAAAACCGGGUCCGGGAUCCGGCCACACCGAUCAGCAAACCAUUGCGGUUGAUGGAGGGUAUGCAAUAUUUGAGGCGAAUGCUGAUAACGACGUGUAUGUGGGGAUAUCUGCGCCCAACACUACGGAAUUUUCUGGUAUUUGGAAUUAUAAUAUUGCUGCCUCAAUCGACGCACCUUUCUAUGGCUUCGAGGACCCAGAAGUGAAGAAUCUGUAUUUCGUCGACGGCGACAACCAUGCAGCACUCCUGAUCACAAACGAUACCACUCAGGCUCUUCCCAAUCAGACUGUCUACCAGGAAUGGAUGAAGUUAAGUCCCCCAUGGGGUGUCUUCGCUUCGGAUCAGAACGAGCGGACAAUUCUCGGAGUCCAAAAAUCCUUCUGCGGUCUGAAAAACAACGCCAAAGUGGCAGCCAAUAUUGACGGCAUCACCAACCAAAAUGUCGCCCAAAUGACCAAUAGGGGACUGGGCGGCAAGCCGAAAGAGCAAUUCUACAUCACGGGUCUCAACGCCACUUCAAAAUACUGGGGCAUGCUGGUCAUGGAAGGCAACUCCACGGACUCCGGUGCCGGUGUGGUCGGAGGCGGCGGCACCGUCUGGGCUGCCAUUGAAUUCGAGACCAAAACCGAGAGCAACUGUGCUCUGAUGUAUAACCUCUCAUUCUGCUCCGAAGUGGCCUACGCCGUACCCACCAACCCGGACUUAUUCUCGCCGGAGACGGGUCUCCCAGAUUUAGCCGCACUGUAUGAUUCUAACGCGGCCCAAAUGUACCAAUACUUCAAUUACUCUCUGCAACAAAUCCCCUGCAAUACAACUUCAAGCGCUCAAUACUCUCUAGCCCGCAACUGCGACGACUGCGCCCGGGCAUACAAACAAUGGCUCUGCGCAGUGACUAUCCCUCGCUGUGCAGACUUCUCCAACCCAGCUUCGUUCCUCCAGCCACGGAAUUUGGCCCAGCCAUUCAUCAACGGCUCGAGCAUCUCAUCUGACCCGUUGCAAUUCAACGUCAACCAAGCUCUUCUCAAUGCCGUCGCCACGAACUCUUCUCGAAAUCCGCUUAUUGAUACGUCCAUCCGACCAGGACCGUACAAGGAAGUCCUGCCCUGCGAAGAUUUAUGUUAUGAUCUCGUGCAGAGUUGUCCGGCGAGUUUAGGAUUCUCUUGUCCAUUACGGGGAAAGGGCCUGGAAGAGAGUUACGGCAAACGGGUCAAUGAGUCGGAAGGGGUCAUCAGUUGCAGUUAUUUGGGGGCGGCUUAUUAUUUGAGCGGGAGCACCAUUUUGCGACCGAGCGUGUAUAGCAUGGCGUUAUUGGCGGUUUUCUUGGGACUGAGGAAUCUUUUUUAG